UUGGCUUGUUUUGUCCUGGGGCUUCUGAGUUUUGCAACUAUACUUACUUGUGCUCUGCACACUUUCUAAGCUUGCAGCUUAAAAAUAAAUGGGAAAAUAUUUGGACUUAACAGUUUUAUCUUAACCAUUGGCUAUCAGAGAAGCAAUGGCAUAUGCAUGCCAGGAAAGGCCAGGCUUCCCUUAUACGGACAGUUCUUUGCAAUGACACUAUGGCUCCAAUAUAAAGUGUUGCUUAAUCUAAGCUAGAAGGCAAAGGAACAAAGAAACAUCAAGUGCCUGUUUGAGACCAAAGAGAACUGAAAAAGCACGUCAUUUAACAAUGGAGAAAUUUAAGGCUGCUUUGUUACUAGCAGGGGUAGGGGAUGCUUUGGGCUAUCGAAAUUUUAUUCAGGAAAACAAUGCUUUAGGUGCAAAGAUCCAAGAGGAAUUGAAAGAAAUUGGAGGACUCGGGAACCUGGUCUUGUCCUCUGACAAAUGGCCAGUAAGUGACAAUACUCUGAUGCACAUGGCAACAGCUGAAGCUCUCAUCACAGAUUAUUGGUGCUUAGAAGACCUGUAUCGCGAUGUUGUUAAACGUUAUGUUGAUGCAGUUGAAAAACUUCCUGAGAGAAGGUCAGAUCCUGCUACUAUUGAAGGAUGCUCCCAAUUGAAGCCAGAUAAUUAUCUUCUUGCUUGGCAUACACCCUUCAAUGAGAAAGGCUCAGGGUUUGGUGCAGCUACAAAAGCCAUGUGUUUAGGGAUGAAAUACUGGAAGCCCGAAAGACUGGAAACUCUCAUUGAAGUGAGCAUUGAAGUUGGACGAAUGACUCAUAAUCAUCCUACAGGCUUCCUAGGAUCCCUUUGUGCAGCUCUGUUUGUUUCAUAUGCUAUCCAAGGAAAGCCAUUGGUCCAGUGGGGAAGAGAGAUGAUGAAAGUCAUUCCAAUGGCCGAAGAAUACUGCAAAAAGACCAUCAGGCACAUGGCAGAAUAUCAGGAACACUGGUUUUACUUUGAAGCAAAAUGGCAAUUUUAUUUGGAGGAGAGAGAGAUCAAUGAAGAAAACCAGAAUAAACCUCAUUUUCCUGACAAUUAUGAUGCUGAAGAAAGAGAAAAAACUUACCGGAGAUGGAGUUCUGAAGGUCGUGGUGGAAGGAGAGGUCAUGAUGCUCCCAUGAUUGCAUAUGACGCUCUCUUAGGAUGUGGUGGUGAUUGGACAGAGCUUUGUAACAGGGCAAUGUUCCAUGGAGGCGAGAGUGCAGCUACGGGAUCAAUCGCUGGCUGCUUAUAUGGGCUGCUCUAUGGCCUCAACAAGGUUCCUAAAGGCUUAUACCAGGAACUUGAGCAAAGGGAGAGGCUCGAAAACUUGGGGGAAAGUAUUUUCCAACGAUCUUCAGAGGAAAACAAAAGCAAAGUUAUGAAGGUGAGCAGCGAUAUGGUGCAGAUUGAUCCCAUUGCACUGAAGAAGAAACUCAAUAAGAUGUCAAACAAAUUAGGUGCUUUUGCUGUUCUCAGCAGCCUUUUGAUUUACCUCACAGACCUCGUAUCUAAUAGGCUUCCAGCUGAAAACAAAAAAGUCAAGUGGCUAGAAAGCAUAGAAAAAAAUAUGAGCUCAAAGCCUAAAUGCCAAAGCACGAACAAUGGUAUUCGCCCUACAAAAUUUCAACUUCUGCAGUCAAGGUUCAUGAACAACCAUCGUGAGCCCUUACGAAAGAAGCCAAGAGAGGUAGGCAAGUUGAUUAUUAAAGAAAAGCAUUCUGCCCCUAAAAAUGGGCUAAAUUCCAUCAUAAGCAAGUUUGAUAGAAAUUCGUUAACCAAUGAAGAAAGUCCAAAUACGAUAAGCCAAGAAAAAACUAAAUGGAUUAGCUUAUGUGGGAAAAAUACUGUAAAAAAUGUUCUGAAGAAAUUUAUAGCUGCUGAGGAAAAGGAAGCUAAGGAGAAGCAGCCGGAUCUGAAAAAGAACCUACCCAAAAUAAUCAAUAAAAACUCAGUCUUCUCCAAAAUGAAAGAAAAGUUUGAGCAAACCAGUAAUAUUUGUUCAGUUAUUGAUGUGAGAAUAGCUCCCCCCCAUGCAAGAGGGAAAGAAAAGACAAAAAAGGACAAAAAGCCUCUGCAGCAAAAAGCUAUUUGCAAAGGAGAAGCUAAAAUACUAAAGGAUAAUUUGAGAGUAGCAACAAAUAUCAACAGCAAUAAGCCACAACUUUUGGUUUGUACAACUGUCCCUAUACCUAAAUUUUGUGUUGCUAUUGUAAUUAAUCAUCCUUCCAGUUGGGCAACAAAUACCAAAUGCAUCAUUCAGCUUUCUGACAAUAAUGUCCCAGGGUUAAAAAUAAAGGAUUCAGAAAAUAGCAUUCAAUUUGGUGAAAAUGAGAUAUCAGAACACAAGGAACAGAAAGGACAGUUGCAAAGGAAAAUUAAUGAAAUGCCUAAGAUGGCUGCAGACAAAGUAGAUAUGGCUGAAACUUCUGCAAGUCCAGUUCCUAACAUGGGCAACGUUCCACUUUUGAUGGAAGAGGUAUUCCUUGUUGACCAUAAGCUUACUUUACCCUUAGACCCAAACCAGAAACCCUCAUCACCUAAAGAUAGCAUGUUCUCUAGCUCUACAAACAAAGGUACAACACAAACUGCUAAGAAUGAAAAAUCUUCUACUAUUUGCCCCUCUAUCACCUGCCCUACUAAAGGAGUCAGUGCCCUCAGCCAUCAGGAAAUUAAAGAAGAUGAGAUUCCUGCCAUGCCAGAAGAUUUGUGUAGGUCAAAAGAGACAGAAAUAGAAUUAACAGCGUCUGUAAAAGAUCCUCCCCCCUUUGCCAGCCAGAAAUGUUUCUCUAAACAGAAAGUGUUGGAAAAUACUCUACUGUUUCACUCUCCUAUAACUCAGGGAUCAUGUAACAUCGAGCCGUCAAUCAAAAACCAACAAUCAAGUGUUGAACCUGCAGCUAGAGACAAAAUGUCUCUCAGUUGGAAGAAUAGAGAAGAUUUUGGAAGUAGAUUUUCUGAUGGAAUUCAGGACAAAGAAAAACUCUCUGAUAAAGAAGAACUAUUUCUAAAAUGUAUGACAAAUAAUGAUCACAAAACAAAACAAGGAAACCAAAACUUGUCUGACUGCCGGAUAGAAAAUAAAAAUUUGCCUCUGCAGCCCAUGAGCCAACAAAAUUACCAGGAUAACAGCAGGCCAAACUUUUCCAAUAACUCAGAUCAAGCCCUCAUUUCAAAUAAUACUGUAAAAGGAAAUGAUAUUCACAGUGAAUUUGAAAAACAUUACUCGUCUUUGCCUAAUACAAUGAGGAAAUCCCGGUCUAAUGUAGCAGUAGAAAAUAGUAAAGCCAAAUCCUGCUCAAUCAAUGAAAAUACAUAUUCAGAAAACAACACUAACAAGGAAAGGGUGAGCUUGAGCGACUGGCAUAGCUCUCAAAGCCUUGUGAAAGAACUGCUUAGCCAUGAAAGCCACAAUGUAACAGACAGUCCUGGGGCUGCUUCUGAAAAAUGUCAUUUAUCUUCAUUAGAUGAUUCAGCAAAAACAGUACUCAAUAUUGCUGAUGUCAACAGUCCUUUAUGCAAAACAGGGAACUUUCCAACGCCAGCCUCAUCCUCAUUAACAAAGAAUGAAAGUGAUAUUACCUUUUGUUCUCAUUCUAAGAAAUGCCAUAGCCCUUCUCCUAGUGACUCUCUAAAGCCCAAGAAUACACCCAGACAAAAUUACAAAAUAAUGCACAACUUGAGCAAUGAUUUAAUACACAAUGAAAAAAAUGUUGUAGAAGACAAAGAUUUUGGUCAUCAGAGUGGGAAGUAUCAACUGUCUUCAAAAAGGAAGUUUAGGAGGCCUGAAAAUGCCCCUGCACAUCUCAAGCCCAAUGAAGAAACACAACCAAUGUCCUUGGGAAAUGACAUUAGAAAGCAACAAAAGAUGAAAAUGAUGUCAGAAGAAAAGUCUGAGGAGAGCUAUUUCCCUCCCCAAAAUGAAGUAAUGUGUCUAGGAACCAAAGAUGCAGAGAAUAAGGAUUUACCCAAAACAGCACAACAUCUGACUUCUUUAUCAAUCAUCAAAAGGGAAGAAGAGAAAAAUAAGACAGAAGAUAACAAUCCUUCACCAAAAAUGUCACAUACUUCCAAAACUUCCCAGAAAUCAAGAAAAAAUGAGUUUACAAAGGAUAGCGGUGGUAUAACAGAAACAAAAGUUUCUCAGACAGAGCAGUUAACACCACCUAAAUCUAAAACUAGUAACAUAGGAACAGUACUCUCCAUAGUCACCACUUCAAAAUGCCCAACACCACCAAGGGAACCAGUGAAACACAAAGAUGUUACAGCACAAGAUGACACUAUUAUACCUUCAAUAGUCAAACACUCAAAAUACCAAAUAUCACCAAGGGAACCAGCAAAACAGGAAGACAUUACAGUAGAGGACAACAGUUCUACGCCUACUAUGGUCAAAUAUUCAGAAUACCAAACACCACCAAGGCAAACAGUAAAAGAGGAAGGUGCUAUAACACAAAAUAAAAGUACUAAAACAGCCCAGCUCCCUUUACUCAAGAAAUCAAUGAAAGAUGAUAAUAUAAGGGGAAAUAAUUCUCAAGAUAAUCUUCAGAAUGAGAAAAUAGCAUCUAGUAACAAAAUGAAGCCUGGAAGUAAUCCAGAAAAGAUGAGAGAUAAUAGUAAUAAUUCAAUCCCAAACCAGUUAUCCUUCAAACACAAAUGCUCAAAAAAUGAAAAGAACAGUGCAACAGAUGAGAGCAUUCUGAAUCCUUUUAAGAAAAGUAAAAUGUCAUUUUCACCAAAAGAAUUAAAAGCAGACCCAAAAAAUACGGCAGCUGCAAUUACACAGAAGCCAUCCUUAAAUGACUCUAGAAACCCUCACUUGAUUACUAAGAGCAAAAAGCAUGAGCAAGAUUCUAAGAAAUAUCAGCUACUCUCAUCAGAUGUGACAUCACUGAAUAAACAGCAGGAUGAUAAUGUGGCAGGAGGGAAAGAACUGCCGCAGAUACAAACCCCAAAAGGUUACAUCAAAUCAAAAUCUAACAUAGAAGUUGAAAUGUAUAAACAUCAACAACCUGAAAAAUCAUGUCUGCCCUCCAAUCCAGAAACACAUGAGCGGAAUGCUCACAGAAAAAAAGGUUCCUUGAAGAACUUCAACAAAUACAGACUUCCAACAUUGAGUCAUGAUAAAACUUUGUCAAAGGAAAAAAUAAGCUAUGAGCAUAAUGAAGACCCUAAAGAAGGAACUUCAAACAAAACCCACCCACCCAAACAGAAGAAUACAGAGCAUUCCUCUAAUAAAUACCAAAUACCAGGAACAAAUUACUUGUCUGGGCUGAAAUAUGGAGAAUUUAAAGAAGUUGGAGCUGCAGCAAUGGACGAGAAUGAAGCUACGUUAGUAGAAAAAUACAAAGCUGAAAGUUACAGUGAAGAAACCACACCAUUGUCUUUUAAGCCACUGAUUAUUCGGGCAAUUGAUACAAUUAAGCUUGACAACUGAAAUAACUUCAAAUCCAUAUUCCAUUGAUGGAAGCUUGUUCAGUUUCUGCCACAUUUCUCUUCAAGGCAUAGAAACCACAUGGAAAUGGCUGUCCAGUGAUUAAUUUUGCCAUUAAAGUAGCAUAAUUGAAACAUUGAAAUAGCAUAAUGGUAACCAAGAGUAAAUAUAGCCUAAGAUUCAUGGGAAAUCUUUAAUGUAGUGUUUAAGGGCAUAUGAAGCCAUGAAGUAGAAUGAAGUGGGUACCAUUUCAAACUGCACAGAAAAUGCAUAAUCUAAAAGUGCUUGGUUUUUUUGUAACAAAGAUCGGUGAUGUUUGUCAUGUAUGGACAAAUUUGUCCUCACUUUCAUUUAGAUGACAGGAACCUUUAUAAGAAGGCAGGACACAUCCUACUAUCUCAACUUUGUAACAUCUUUCUGCUACAUUGUAUACUUACAUGUUAUGCCCUAACAGUAAAAACAACAGAAGGUUCCAAAGUUCAUUAAAACACUUCUCACUUCUCUCCUCUCUCUUUUACAAUCAUAGCUUUCUCAUUCUUCUCCUUCAUUCUGACCCAUUUGUUUUCCUUUUAUAUAUUUAUUUUAGAAUUCGACCAUUGUAUCUUUUGUCUAUAUGACCAAAUCACCUCCACAUAUUUCUUUUGUAUUGAUAACUCAAUUCCACACUCAUUCAGCACCUCUUCAUUCUUGAUCCUACCUCUCCUUGUUUUACUCCAUUCUCUUCUUAAUUUUACUGCUUCAAUGCAUCCAAUUUACUUUUACAUUUUUCCUGGUAUACUCAGGUGUAACUUCCACAUAACAAAGUGAGCAGAAACACGCUCUUAUACAGUCAUUUUCACUUCUUUUGAUAAAUAUUUGUCUCUCACAGAACAUCACAUCCCAUUCAAAAUCUCUGUUAUCGGUAAUUCCCUGUCUGAAAGUUUCUGGACUCAUUUUCCUAUCCACAAUCCAACUUUAAGUUGUGAUAAAAGUGCCAAUUUUCAUGAUCCCACAAAACUGCUUUUUUUUUAAUUCUUGGAAAUUAAGAAAUGUGGAUUAAAAAUGUAUGAGUGGUAUUAUAGGAAUUUAUGGGAGUGGGAAAGAAAAACCUAUUUCUGAGGAUUUCAAAAAUCUGAAAAAAGGAGACUUCACAAAUUAUCAACUACCUUUGGCCAAAAUUGCUAAAUGGAAUCUCUGUCUAAUAAAGCAGGUUUUAUUUAUUUAUUUAUGAGACUUAUAUACCGCUUUAAGUGCAAGCAUUCUCUAAGCGGUGUACACCAGUAAGCAAUGUAUAUAUAUAUAUUUACAUUGCCCCCAACAAUCUGGGUCCUCAU